AUGUCUUCCCCACCCCAGCGUCGCUCUCAGCGCACUUCGGCCUCGGCGACGCCAAGGAGAAGCGCUCGUGGCCAAAAUUCUCAGAUGCAAUCGAGUCCAGCACCAGUAGGUCCGGACGAGCAACUCCAAUCCGAGGCGACACAAGCUUCACAACGUGGACCUCAAGCAACUCCAAGAAAUGCACGGUUUCAGACCACUUCGACCCAAUCGCCUCUAUUCUUCCAGUCCUCGCCUGCCCCUGCAAAUGGGGCUGAGGAAAGCGAUGGUGGUGCAACACCAAAGGCGUCGGCCAUGAAUAUCGGAGACUCGUCGCCUAUCCACUACGCAUCCAGCUCUAGCCCUGGUCGAGCCCGCAAUGCCCAGAGCAAUAUUCCGGGUAGCAGCAGUAGCGCCCUCUUCGUCCGUGGCUCAGAGUCUGCAGCACGUAGUCGACGCAAUGAUAUCCACUCUGAUGUCUUUGGGACUAGCUCUACCAAUCGCCGCCGCAGACUGUUCGUCGACGAGAAUGGCAUGCCUGUCCAGGAUGCCUCAGAUGCAGCAACAUUUUCCAAUAUCAACCCAGAUACUUCUGAUGCCGACGUGUUGGGUGGGAACUCUUCACGAGUCAUUUGGGGAACUAACGUGUCUCUGGUGGAUGCUCGUCAUGCAAUGAGGGACUUUCUCAUGAACUUUCAAAAGAAGUAUCGCAUGAUUCAGGAUGGUGAGCUGGAAGAAGGCAUGAAUCUUCCUCCGAACCAUCCAGGUAUGGCUCGAGAAUACGUUGAUCUCAUGAAGAUGAUGCUUGAGCUUGGUGUCACGCCAUUGAACUUGGAUGCUCGCAACCUCAAGGCCUAUCCGCCCACGAGGAAGCUUUGGCACCAGUUGCAGGCGUACCCCAACGAAAUCAUCCCCAUCAUGGAUGUUGCUAUAAAGGACACUAUGCUCGAGCUUGCCGAGAAGCGAAUGGCGGAGAUGCGGACUCAACUUUCGCAGCAACAACGUGGUGCUCAGCCCAGAGACCGUGAUUCCAGUUCCCUACCCCCAAUGCCGAGUUCUGAUGCACCCACUCCUGGUGCUCCGUCUCCUGCUCCAUUCCCGGAGAUCCCCAAUCUGGUCAGCGAAGUGGAUCAAAAGACUUACAACGUAAGGCCAUUUGGCCUGGAUAAGACCAUCAAUCUGCGCGAGCUGAAUCCCGGUGAUAUGGACAAACUUGUCAGUGUCAAGGGCCUGGUUAUUAGGACUACUCCAAUUAUUCCUGAUAUGAAAGAUGCCUUCUUCCGCUGCUCUGUGUGUAACCAUACGGUCAGGGUAGACAUUGACCGCGGUAAGAUCACCGAACCUACCAAAUGCCCGCGUGCGGUGUGCGAGUCGCCCAACUCGAUGCAAAUCGUGCACAACCGCUCCGGGUUUGCCAACAAGCAGGUCAUCAAGCUACAAGAGACUCCUGAUGAUAUGCCAGAUGGCCAAACACCGCACUCAGUAUCCCUUUGCGCAUACGAUGAACUUGUCGAUGUCUGCAAAGCUGGUGACCGCGUAGAGAUUACUGGCAUCUUCAAAUGCAACCAGGUCCGCAUCAACCCACGACAACGAUCAGUCAAAAACAUCUUUAAGACCUAUGUCGAUGCGCUGCAUAUCCAAAAAGUUGAUAAGAAGCGCUUGGGUAUUGAUGUAUCGACAAUUGAGGAGGAACUUGCGGAGCAUGCAGCUGGUGAUUUGGAAGAAACUCGCAAAGUUACCGAGGAAGAGGAAGCGAAGAUCAAAGCCACCGGUGCUCGUCCUGAUGUGUACGAGCUACUUUCUCGGUCGCUCGCCCCCAGUAUCUAUGAGAUGGAGGACGUCAAGAAGGGCAUCUUGCUCCAACUCUUUGGUGGCACCAACAAGCAGUUCGAAAAGGGUGGUAGUCCAAAGUACCGUGGCGACAUCAACGUUCUGCUCUGUGGUGACCCAUCCACCGCCAAGUCCCAAAUUCUGCAAUACGUCCACAGAAUCGCACCGCGUGGUGUGUACACAUCUGGAAAGGGAUCCUCAGCUGUUGGUUUGACUGCAUACGUUACUCGCGACCCAGAGACUCGACAGCUGGUCCUCGAAUCUGGUGCUCUAGUACUUUCAGACGGUGGUGUUUGCUGUAUUGACGAGUUCGACAAGAUGUCAGAAGCUACUCGAUCUGUUCUACACGAAGUCAUGGAGCAGCAGACUGUUUCUAUUGCCAAAGCCGGCAUUAUCACCACCCUUAACGCGCGUACUUCCAUCUUAGCGUCUGCCAAUCCCAUCGGCUCCAAGUACAACGUCAACCUCCCAGUCCCACAAAAUAUCGAUCUCCCGCCGACCCUGCUUUCGCGUUUCGAUCUCGUUUACCUUGUCUUGGACCGUAUCGAUGAGCAGAACGAUCGUCGCAUGGCUCGUCACUUGGUUGGCAUGUACCUUGAAGACACACCCGAGAAUGCUGCGAAGAACGAGGUUUUGCCCAUUGAGUUCUUGACUGCCUACAUCUCUUAUGCCCGCUCCAACAUUCACCCCAAGAUUACUGAGCCUGCAUCGAAAGCGCUUGUAGAUGCGUAUGUCGCCAUGCGUGGACUGGGUGCUGAUGUCCGCUCGCAAGAACGAAGAAUCACGGCAACUACACGUCAGCUGGAGUCAAUGAUUCGACUCUCGGAAGCCCAUGCCAAGAUGCGUCUUUCUGAGGAGGUCACAGCCGACGAUGUCCACGAAGCCGUCCGCCUCAUCAAGUCGGCGCUCAAGCAGGCAGCUACUGAUGCACGCACGGGAUUGAUCGACAUGUCGCUCCUUACAGAAGGCACCUCGACUAGCGAUCGUCGCAGAAAGGAGGAUUUGAAGCGUGCAGUCUUGGCUUCGCUCGAUGAGCUUGGUUCUGCUGGCCAGAGCGUACGAUUGAGCGACUUGAUGAAGAGUGUCCGAGAAGGCGCGAGCGAACAAGUAGAAAACCAGGAGUUCCUAGAGGUGUUACGAAGCGCGGAGCUGGAGGGCGCUGUGCAAAUCACGGGUGAGGGUAUGCGGAGGACAGUGAAGAAAGUUGUUGGUACCUUUUAAGCUCUUGAGCAUAGUAUUGGGAUUCGAUGCCGCUACUGGCAUUCAUUGCUGGCCUGAUGAUGUGAUGGAAAAUUCGGUGUAACGUAGCAUGUCGUUUGGUUGCUACCUUGCGUUUGAAUAGAUGAUCAUGAUAUCCAUGUUUUCAGAAGCUCAAUAUAUGGAUGUAUUGUGUU